AUGCUUCCAAGAAUCGUGAGAAGGAGCAUUCUAAACGUCUUGAAGUCCGAGUCGAGAUGUGUUCGACUUCUGUCAACUGAAUCCCCGCUUAUUCUUAAAGAUAAGAAUAGACCUCUUCGCAUAGAGAGAGAGUUACCAGACCCUACAAAAGAUAGGUUCAAAAGACGCGCGCAAUUGUUGGGAUUCGGUGUAGCAAUCGGUGUUUCGUUGCUUUGCAUCUUUAACUAUGAGAAAACACAGUCACCUAUCAUUUCUAGCACACUUUACCACCUAAGAAGAUCACCUGAGACAAGGCAAUUGCUGGGGGAUAACCUCGACUUCGAUGGAUUGAUCCCAUGGGUGUAUGGUGACCUGAAUCAAGUCGCAGGACGAGUUAACGUGACUUUCUACAUAAAGGGGAGCAAAAACCUUCAAGGAAUGGUGAAGUUAAUUGCGGACCGCGAAAAUGGGGCCAAGGAAUUUUUAAUUCAUGAGUGGAGUAUCACUGUCGGCGACCAGAAAAUUGACCUACUCGCGAGCAGCGGCACAAAUACACUGUAA